AUGGCAUCUCCCAAGGUCUUCAUCGUAACCGGCGCAAGCAAGGGUAUCGGAGCAGCCGUCACGCGCUACCUGCUCGACCAGUCGCACAAGGUCGUGGUCACGGCUCGUUCGGCGGAGCCGUUGGAAGGGAUCAAAAACGCGUACCCGGGUCAAGUUGAAUAUGUGGCGGGGGAUAUGACCAGUCCCGAGAUGCCCGACAAGUUGACCAGCCUUGCCGUCACAUCGUUUGGCAAACUGAAUGGACUUGUAAUCAAUCAUGGACUUCUCGUGUCUUCGAGAUUAGAGAAUACGUCCAUCGACACCUUCAAGAAUCUCUACAACGUCAACGUCUUUAGCUGUUUGGCCAUGGCUCAAGCAGCACUUGGUGAACUACGAAAGACCAAGGGAUGCGUUGUCUGGGUCUCUUCGGGUGCCGCUCUCAAACCAUACACGGGAUGGAGCGCGUACGGUUCAUCCAAAGCAGCGCUCAACUCCCUCUCGUCGCAUCUUGCUUUUGAGGAAAGGGACGUUACGAGCAUCACCGUCAGUCCGGGACGCGUAGAUACAGACAUGCAAGUGCAGAUUCGAUCAUCAGGGCAGCAAUCCAUGGAUAAGGCACAAUACGACACAUUUAUCGAAGCAUUCGAGCAGGGCAAACUGCUAAAACCCGAGCAACCUGGCAACGUGAUUGCCAAAUUUGUGGCAACCCCCAAUAGGGAAUUGAGUGGGAAAGACCUGAAUUGGAAUUCUGCCGAGUUGGCUUCCUAUCGGGAGUAG